UUGCCAGGAACCCAAGAUGGCACGGUCAAAUGAUGUUCAGGACCGACGGGGGUUGGAUUUCUCCAAACGAAGACUCAAUACUCUACCUCAGGAGAUCUUUGGUCAAGCAGAGUAUAUUGAGAGCUUGAACCUUCAAAUCAACGAACUACAGCAUAUAGGUCAUAUUUCACAGCUGGUCAACCUAAAGGAGCUGAUUUUGUCUUGGAACAAUAUUUCUGAGUUUCCUGCUGCCAUUAGGGAGCUGAAAAAGCUGCAGCGGCUCUAUCUGAAUCAGAACAAGAUCCAGAAGAUACCCACGAAGGUCUUCUCCUUCCUUGCAAAUCUGCAGUAUCUCAAUAUGAGCAAUAACCACCUGGAAGAACUCCCUGCUGAUUUGGUGGACUGUAAGUGCCUGAAGUAUGUAAACCUGUCCAACAAUUACUUGAAGAAUCUGUGGGCAGUUGAGGGGCUCCCUCUACUGAACGAGCUGCAUGUGGAGAACAACCGUCUGACUGAACUGCCAGCUGAGCUCUUCUUAAGAACUAACCUCAAAGUUCUCCGAGUCAAUGGUAACCAGCUCCAGACACCCCCAGAAGAAGUGUGCGCUGGAGGGUUAAAGGACAUUCAGAGCUAUUUCCGCCAACUGGGAUCUGACCUAGAUGGGGACACUGUGGCCAGGGUCAAGACUUUGUUCCUGGGUUCCAGCAUGGCUGGGAAAUCCACCUUAUGCCGCAGUCUGCGAGAAGGAAGAGCAGUGACAGUGGAAGCCAGUGAUCGGACAGUUGGUAUUGACAUCAGCGAAGUAGAAAAGGAUGGCGUCCAGUUUCUCUUCUGGGACUUUGCUGGACAUGAGGAGUAUUAUCUAACUCACCACAUCUUCAUCACACCUCAUGCUCUUGUCAUUCUGGCUAUUGAUCUUUCAAGCUACAUCGUUGAGGAUGCACAGUCUUUUGAAGACCAAGUCAGCUUCUGGAUCAACAAUGUUCUGAUGAGAGUCCCAGACUCUGUCCUUCUGCUCGUGGGGACCCAUGCUGACCAGUGCAAAGAUGCGGAGGAGAGAAGGAAAAAGAAGGAGGACAUAGAAAAGAAGAUAAAUGAUCUGCUUGAGGAGAGGAUGUCCAACCUGGAUCAACAGAUAAGCCAUAUUAUAGACAAAAGCCAACAAGACGAAUUCUCUGAGCACCUGACACAACUGCAUCAGCUUAAAUGUUACACCCUCAAGGUUUCUAGCCUCAUUACCAUUGAUUGCACAAAGUGCGCGGCUAUUGAGGAGAUUCAAAAACACAUUCUGCAGCAUGUUCAGAAUAAACCAUUGUUUCCAAACAUUGUCAGGACGUUGCCACACUCUUAUAAAGAGGUUGAAUCUUCCAUGCGGUGCCUGAUUAAGAAGCCGGAUUUUCCCAAGCACGGAAUUGUGGAUCUUAACAAUCUUGUGGCAAACAAUACCCUCAAUUCUGGAAAUCUGAGCAAGGAGGACCUACACUCUAUACUCCGUUACCUUCAUCGAAUUGGGACCAUUUUGUGGUUUGAAGAGAUUGAGGAUCUGAAAGACACAGUCUUUGUCAAGCCGUCCUUUCUCAUUACACUCUUCAAGACUCUAGUGAGACACGACCUGGUGGAGCAGCUGACAGAGGUUCCAAAGGUUAUCCUGAAGAAAGAAGGCUGUCUCAUCCGUCACAAGAACAAAUGGAUCGACCAGCUCAAAAGUCAAGCCACUCUGUCCUACGAUGCUGUUCGCGUGCUGGUCAGAAGGGCUUUGAUGCAGGCGGACAUGGCCAGGGAUGAGGAUUUUGUGAAAGAGAUGACGGGCACCAGGAAUAAGGAAGGGAAAAUCCUCAGCCUUCUCAGAUAUUUUGAGAUCUGCCUACCAACUAAUUUCGCAUGUAGCCUGAACCCUCAGGCCUCUGAGUUUGACCCAAACAAGAAGUGGGAUUCAUCCUUACCAAAGAGGCACUCAUUUACUGAGCCCGAAGCUGCCUGCAUGUUCCCUGGUUAUCUGAAAGACAAUGACAAGGUCAUGAAGAUGUGGGGGAAGGAUGAUCCAGAGGACAUCAAGGUUCUGGUCUACUUCAUGCCGGAGAUCCCUCAUGGUGUCUUCCACCGGCUUAUUGUAAGAAUGUGCUCCAUAUUCAGCACACACUGGGUGGGAAACAGCUGCUUACUGGCUGGCUACGAGGCCGUACUUGUUUUGGUGAAAAAAAGCACCGACAGUGAUGAUCAGUACAUUGAAAUACGAUGCAAGAGGCCAGAAGACAAUUUAUUGGCUUUCAAACAGCUGUGGAACCUGAUCCUGGCUGUGUUGUCUGAGUUGAACAAGCUCUCGAGCCAGUGGCCUGGCUUGUAUCAGUACACAUACAGCCCAUGCAGAGAGCCAGGAUGCACCGAAGACUUCAAAUGGAAAGACUGGCACAGUCUCCCUCCACGUGAAAAGGUUCAGGAAGAAAAGAUGACCUGCCUGAAAGGGCAUACAUGCAAGACGCACUUGCUCUUCCCAAAAGAUCCAAUUUUUCCUACCCCUAAACAUGAAAAUCAUAAAUUCUUCUGUGGCAACAUCUAAAUGGGACCCAUGACCAUCAUUGUUGAUAAACAGACAAAUUCCAAUUAAUGGUUGGAGUGCAAAAUGAAAAAAAUAAUGGCAGCAAAACGACAACUUCGCCGAAAAGGCACUUUCUAGCUGUAAAACUUAAUUGUCAUAUAUUCAGGGUUAGGGGUUUAUCACUCAUUUAUGUUUUGAGCUUUUUUUUUUUUUUCCCCAUGAUAUUUGAAAGGAAAACCAUUAACAAACAAAUCUCUUAAC